GAUCGCAUCCUCAGUCUCAGAUCAGUUUCGCCACGUUCACAUUUUCAAAGCAUCCGUUUUCUCAUUCAUUGCCAAGUUAAAUGACUGGUCGGAUAAAAUUCAGCGAGAAUCGAGAGAAUAAGGUAGAAAGCAGGUUGGGUGAUUCAUGGAACAGCCCCUUUUCACCCGAAUUCGAGACCUUAAAUUGACAGAGCUAAGUCAGCUAACCUAACGUUACGCGAUAGCUAGUCGGAGUCAGUCGACUCGAUCACCCACCCGCCCGGUCGGUCCCCGUUCUCUCUGUGUUGGGAAGGGAUAUGAGCGCAUACUGAAUUCAGCACGGGCCUCCGUAGCUCCGGGCCGAUGCCGUCCUAUUGGCGUUGGCUGGCCGAUAUCACUCGCAGUACUAUCAGACAGUGUCAUCGCCUCAUCCUUAUAAAUUUAUAGAUUUGUCACACUGGUUGAUGCCUACACAUGUACAUGUAGAAGUAUCAGGCUAUAUGAUGCUGGGCAGUUGUGGGAGUUCUUUGACCUGCAUGGGUCUGUGCUUGAGACAAAAGUGGAUAGCAAAAGCAAUGCAAUCUUCAUGUCAAAGAUGUCAAGUUCUUCGGAGAGAAUACGAUCUUUGCUGAUCGACAGCACAUGUACAUGUGCCUGAAUAAAACUUUGUGAUGUGUGACUCCUGGGAGGAGAUGGCAAACAAGAAAGCAUGCGAAUUCCUGAGGACGUCAGAAACAAAUUUACAGUGUACAAUUUGCUCUAGACACUUUGAAGUAACUGAUGCCUGGGCCUUUCAGUGAAAGAAACGAUGGGUCAAUAUUGAUCCUUAUUAUCAAAGAGAGAGAAGUAAAUACCCAUGGGUGUCCUUGUUUGGAGAGUGAGUGAAGAUAUAUUCAAAGAGGAAAAAUGCCAAUAUUUAUUUAUUUCUAUAAAAUAUAUAUAUUUUAGACAACUUUUAUUUAUUGACAAGGAUAAUAGCUGCCUUUGACUGAUCGAUUGCUAUUUUGAUAUGGUCUCCAUAUUGCUUGUGUUGAAGAAAUAUUGACAAGAUGGGAUCUAUUAUGACUGACAGCACAAUCUUCAGCUAUCGCUAUUUGGCAGUGGUGAACAUGAUUACAUUGGGAACUGAGCUCUGCUCCUCUGCGGCCUUCAGUUACCUCCCGCCCUUGCUACUUGAAGCAGGCUUCUCGGAAAGCGGGAUGAGCACCGUGAUGGCCAUGGGACCGUUCAUGGCGCUGUUUUUGCUGCCUGUCAUGGGAACGUCGAGCGAUCGCUGCCAAAGUCGGUUCGGGCGUCGCCGGCCUUACAUCGCAUUUCUCUCCAUUGGAAUCAUCCUGUCAUUAACACUUCUUCCAAACACCAAGGCGAUCACUGCAUACUUCACCCCUUAUUUCCCAGAGAAGCAGUUUGGCUUGGUUUUACUAGCAGCAUGUGUGAUUCUUCUGGACUUUUGCUCCCAGGUAUGCUACACGCCCAUCGAGUCGCUUCUCUCGGACCCCUGUAAGACGGAAACUCAGCGUAACCGCAGCUUCGGUAUCUUCUCACUCAUGAUGUCGUUAGGUGCAUGCCUAGGCUACUGGGUUGUGUCGGUGGAUUGGAACAACACCCUGUUGGGCUAUUACUUUGGAGGGCAAGAAAGAACGUUGUUCAAUCUACUCCUCAUCCUUUUCACACUUUCUUUUCUUAUAUCAACUUACUUUGCGUACGAUCCUCCGUUACUUGAUGCUGUACCCAAAGACAUUGCUGAAGCCACCACUGCCAAUGCCCGUCCAACCGUGAAUGGAAAUGCUGCUCUAAAGACUGCCAAUGGCAAAGCCAUGACAACAGUACCAAUGCCGAUAUUAGCAACCUCGAAGGCACUACCCUUCCGCAUCGCUUCCAAGAUCUCUGUAAAGAACGUUUGCUCGUCUCUUUUCUCGUACAUUCCUACAUGUAGUCCAAAGAUUGACUUUAGUCCUAUCGUUGAUACCCUGGAGGGUAUAAGGACAAUGCCAAAGGCCAUGAAAACACUUUGGAUUGCUCAUCUAACAACUUCCACGGCAGUGAUGGGCUUUCGGCUGUACUUUACAGACUAUAUGGGAGAGUCGAUAUUCAGUGGUAACCCCGAUGCCCUUGAUGGUUCUCCAGUUAAAAGAGCAUAUGAAGAAGGUAUUCGUAUGGGAAGCUUCGGCCUUCUUCUCCAUAGCAUCAUCUCUGCCGUGUUCUCACUCGCCAUCGGCGCCGUUAUCACGACGUGGGGUGCCGUCCGGACCUACAUAUUUGGCAUGGCACUGUUCACACUAGCAACCUUCAUCAUGCUCUUCAUGGACGGGAUUGUGUUCACACUUCUCCUUGCGAGUCUGACGGGCUUCGCCAACGCUACCAUCACCACCGUGCCAUAUACACUUCUAACGGGUUACCACCAGAAGAAAGAAUUGUACUACCAAGACAGCAAUGAUGCGGAUGCCCAUGGCAAGGGUGCGGAUCUAGCCCUCCUUGACAGCGCUUACAUCCUCUCCGAGGUCAUCUCGUCGUUCGCCUUCGGUGUGAUCGUCGAGAUCACCAAGACGACUGGAGCGUACAUUGCCUGCUCGUUCGCUUGUGGCCUUGCGAGCUGUUUCCUCGUACUACGAAUCAAAUAGUACUUGUGCUAUGUUACCAAACCUAACUUUUUUUUUUUUGUUUAGGAUGGGGAUUUCUUGAAUGCAAGAGGAAGAGAGGAAGAGGAGGGGGAGAGUGAGAGAGAGAAAGAGCUCAAGAGGGGGAGAGAGAGGGAGAGAGAGAGGAAAAAAAUAAAUGUUCAUCUUCAUCAAGUUGAAUUGAUUAGGCACAUGUAUUUCAUUUUGGUUUGACUUGAUAUGGUCAACUUUUUACAGAAAUCAUGAUCUUUUAUAUUGACAAAGUAAUUUUCAUAUUUUGAUAUCCCUGGUCCUGAUGAUCUCAUCCCAUUUUGUGUACAACCUGUCUUCUAUCAGUUAGUUCGUACAUGUAUGAAUCAUUUGGUCGCAUUGCCACUUUAACACCAUUUUGUCUAAAUAACUGCCAUUUUAUAGGCUAUAAUCAUUUCUUGGAUAUAACCUUGUUGGUCAACUCGCACCGGUAGAUGAAUUUUAAUAAACCAAUAUAAUUUGACAAAGUGGAAGGAGCUAACAAGUACUAUACAAAUUGGUAUCCAAGUGACAGGUAGACCAAAUGGGUUUAUCUAAUGCGGUAUUUAUCUAUAGACAAUCUGAGAAGUGAGUGUAAACAAUGUAGAUAUAAACUUCAGAUUUUUGUCUGAAAAAAAAGAUUUUUAAAGAAACAACAUAUGUAUUGUAUAUUAAAAUAUGCUGUGCUAUUUUUAAGUUAGUACUGUAUUGGGAAAGUUAAGCCUUGAUAAGCUGCAUUAAUGGCAUAAAUACGUUUUUAUUUCUUUCUUUUUUUACACCUGUAAUUGUUGAAUGGGGUAUCCCCCCCCCCCCCUCCUAUCAAAUAGAACAUUCUCCUAUUGAGUAUUGAAUAGAGAUGUGUGAUUUAUAUUGGUUUUAUCAUUUUAUGAUUUCUUUUUUAACACUAAAACGAGACGCUGCCACAUACAUUUACAUGUUGUGUGUUCGCCCAUACAUGUGCAUAUCUUCUGCAUAAUAUAUAUAUAUAUAUAUAUAAAUAAAUAUAAUUGGUAUAGUUUCGAA